GUCCAUUAAAUAAUGUUUUGUUGUGCGUGGUGUCAUUCCUUCUCGCCUCUGCGGGUGCCCAAGUUGAGUAGUGUAUCCCCUUUUCUUCAUUAAUUUUGUGCUCCGUCCCCUUUCGGCUACGGCGAGGGACGUCACAUGGCCUAUGGCGGGCUACAUGGCCUACCUUCCUUGGUGGAUCAAGGCCGGAAAUCGCGAGGAAGAAGAAGAAGGAGAAGAGAAAGGAGAAGUGGUAGAAAAAACACGUUGUUCGAACCAGAAGAACCAUCUCAAUGGUUGUUACGCAGACGUCAGUGCGGUUCCGUGCGGUUGAAGAACCACGAGAAGUGAGCGUCACCUGGAGAAGGUUCUUGGUAUUGGAGGUCGGCUUCAUGACUAUCGUUACCAUCGUCAUGGUCGUCAUCGGACAUAUUUUGAGCAAACGGGAAAAUGUAUAUGCGGACGACCCGUGCCAGUCUGAAGCGUGCAAACAGGCCUUCCACGAUCUGGAGGUCAUCUCCAACGCCUCUGCGGAUCCCUGCGAAGACUUUUACGAAUACGUAUGCGGACGCUGGAGGCACAUUGGCGGAGUGUAUAGUGCCACCUGGAGUAUGGUGUCGUCAGAAGCUAUCGCCCAGCUGAAGCAAGACCCAGCGCCCCAACGGAGCCAAACCUCUAGUCAAAAGGCAGCCGUGGCCUACCGCACUUGCCUCGAUGAAGUCGUACGCAAGAUGGACCUACCGACAGCAACUCAUUUUACGCUCGGCUUCUUCAGAGUCACAUGGGAAAGCCUCCUGACGAAGGCAAAUGAUAUGACAGCUAUCGUGGACUACAUGAUUUCCAUGAGUAUUCUGCAUCGCAUAAGCAUUGGCACGGAGAUUCAAAUCUCCCACAAAAUGGUCUAUAUUGGUGCAGCUCGAUCUUACGCAUCCCUAUGGGCCUCCGACCCGAAAGACGUUCCAGACAUUGUGGAAGCAGUAGUCGAGCAAACCCUCCCCGACAACGCCGAAAACUCCAAUGAUGCCAACGAAGCUCUACACAUCGACCUCAAAUACAAUGCCGCAAUGGAUGGUGUUCCCGAGGAACGACACAUGUCAGUGAAUGAAGCAUUCCAAGAAGCCAACUUUGGAGUCCCCGUUGCCACUUGGAUCGGCCUACUCAACGACCAAAAGGGCAAGUACGAGACCAUUGGUCCUACAACGGCCGCCACGGUGACCAACUACGAAGCUUUGAGGACCCUCAGCCAGUUGCUUCAAGCAGCCAGACCGAGGGUUCGAGCGUUCUUCCUCUACUUGCACACACUCGCUUUCACUGUUCAAGUAGAAUUGUUCAAGGGCAUCGAUAUCUUAACGAAAGCCGCAAAUGCGGAAGCAUUUUGCCAAAAGAUUCUGAGACCAACUCUACUAGUAAACAUCCUGGAGGCCGUCAUCGCUGAUAGACUCGGCGCGGCUCAUUAUGGGAAGGACGUAUUGGCCAUAGCAGUGGACGUUGAUGACAAGGUGACCAGUCGACUGCAUUCCAGCUGGCUUGGAAAGACCACUUUAUCCGAUGCGCUGAAAACGUUGAGCAGUCAGCACAAGUUUUUCUUCUGGAAGACAUUCUCGGAAAACGUCAUCGCAUUUGAGCACGCGUUUCUCGGCUUGUCAGACAUGACGGACAACUUCUACGAGAAUUAUUACAACGUCCGUUCCUUUUGGCGGGAUGUAGCUCAGUGGCUAUUGUGCAAGGUUUCAAGGUCCGAGUUCUUCAGGUACAUCGAGCCAGAGAACGGCAUCUGUUCUUCGACGGCGUCCUUUGCACCCCCGGCUUUCUACGCGGGAGCUGAGCGCUUCGUCAAUAUCGCCAGCAUAGGCUACUUGUACGCUCUAAAGAAAAAGUUCAAGUUCUCCUUCAACACCACGGGGCUCAUGUCUGAUAGUGAACGCAAUACGUACCGAAGAAACUCUGACUGCGUCGAGAGACAAAUGUUGACGCUUACACGGCCCCAGUUAUGGCCAUCACUGGACGGCAAAUAUAACCUGGAAGAAGUACUGUUCCACGUUUUAGCCUUGCGCUCAGCAUACGACGCCUCACAGGACGCUAGCAACUUCAGGGCAACGCAGAAACAGAGACACCGCGAGUCACGUCUGUUUUUUCGUCGCGCAUGUUCUAUGCAUUGCCACGGGAGCCCGGAUGUUCCAGAAUCACCAGGCGGUCUGACACCCAGGCAAAAGUGCAACCACGUGGUCAGACACACAAAGGACUUCUACACAGUCUUUAAGUGCUUCCCUUAUACGCGUUUGGCGAGUGUGGAGGCAUGUCAGCUGAUCUGAUACGGUUUUGGCUCAGAUUUUCAAUACAAGUAAUUCGUAAUGAAUAAACCUUCAAAAUAA